AUGAGACGACCUGCAGCAUGUUUUGAGAUUUUCGAAAUUCCAAAUGCUGCUUUGGUUACUGUUUCUCUACAGGUAAGUUAUUUCUUUUUUUUUUGAAAAAAAUUUAUGAUAAAGAUUCUAGAUUUUGACAAUGUUAGCUGAAAUUGGCAUUUAUUUUAUGCUCGAAAAUUAUGGAUUUUUCACAAAUCCCUCAUUUUUUCGACUAGUUAUUAUUCCAAUUGCAAUAGUUUAUAUUGGCGGAGGAAUUUUGGCGAUUUUUGGGGUCUUGACACGAAAAAGAUUGUUGAUUACGGUACAUUCAACGAUUACUUCGACUCUGAUGGUUUUAACGGAUAUUUUAGCGGUUUCUAUUAUUUUUCUAAUGGCUAUUGGUUAGUUUUGAUGAAAAAAUUAAAUGUGGGAAAUUUUUGAAAUUGUGGACUUGUUUUGAAAAUACAAUGGUCCCCGUAAAUGAUAAUUUUUAUUUAAAAUAAUGGACCAUUAAAGUUUCAAUUAAUUUGAACUUUGAUGUUAACUUGUUUUGAGCCAAGAACAAUGAAGACGGUUGAAAUAUAUAAAAUUAACUUAUUCCUCAAAGUUUCCAAAUGUUUUAUUGAAAAUUGAGCCACACUCAAAAAUAUUUUAUUUAAAAUUCUAACAAACUUGGAGAGUCAAAUGAGAACUUGAAAUAUUUUACAGAAAAAUAUUAUUUGAUUUAGCUGCAAAAAAAUCCAAAAGCUACAGUAAUCCUGGACGUUUCUAUGGAUAAACUUCGAGUGGGAGUCAGUUUUACAUUUUAUACAAUCUUCCAUUAUUUUGCAGGAAAACGUAGUGAUUAUCUUCAUAAUCUUCAUCGAGGUUUUGUCAAUGAAAAGAAAUUUUAUGAGUAAGUUUUUAAAAAUAUUUUUCUAUUGAUAAUUACAAUUUUUCAGAAUUCUCGGUCCAUUUUGGAUGUAUCUUGGCGCAAUUUUUCUCCAUGCCACAGUUGCUGUAAAUAUGGCAUUUUUACAACCACUCAAUGAUUUUUCAAAAUUUGUUGAGGUAAUUUUCAAUUUUUUUUUUGAAUUGUUGAAUUGAAUAACAAACAAACUAUAAUAUUUAUAUACCACAUUUUGAAUCAUCUCAAAAUUCGACCUCUAAACUUUUUCACUUUCUUGUGUGUUUUUUCAUAAGCUUUUGUUGUCUGUCCUUGGUGUCUUUUAUAAUCCAUACGAACAUCCUAAUUAUAGCAAGAAAAAAAACUAUAUUUCAUUUUAUUGGAGGUUUUUAUAACCUUGAAAUUCACACUUUUAAGAAUAUAAAAUGGAUUUCGAGAAUAAAAUAUAUUCUUGCAGAAAGAAUCUGAAAUUGCCAAAACCGCCCUUCAAUCUUCAUAUUCUUCAACUUCUUCUUCGCCAUAUUCAAAAUAA